GUCUUCCGUUUCUCCCAUGGCGGUCCAUCGAUACUGUGUGCCUUUCCUUUUGAUCUCCGUUUUCAUUCCUUUUGUUUGUGCUGAGAUUCGAUUCGCCGAAAUCCAACAUGAUAACCGUCCCAUAAUCCCGUUCGACGAGUUCGGCUUCACUCAUACCGGCCACCUCGAACUUAAUGUCUCUAACAUCAAACUCUCGAACCCAAAUCCUGAUCUCGAUAGGUCCAAACUCGGGUUCUUCCUAUGCACCGGAGAUGCAUGGAUGCAAGUGCUUUUACAACUCGAAGAGGGGUAUAUCGAUUGCGCUCUCGACUCCGAUUUCGUUGAACUCAUCUUAGAAUUCAAGUCCCUCAAAGGGAAAUCUAGUUUCGAUACCGCUUAUAAAGAGAACAAUGCUGAUCUAUACACGCUUGCAUUCGCCAACUGCCUUAACAAUGUCAAAGUGUCGAUGAAAGUCCGGUCGGCGAUGUACAAUCUCGACGGUAAGGAAAAUCGCCGCGAUUAUCUCCCCUCCGGACUAACAAAUCUCCCUAGGAUUUACUUCCUUUUCGCCCUCGUUUAUUUGACUCUGGCGGGGAUUUGGGUGUACGUACUUUACAUAAAACGACUCACCGUCUUUAGGAUCCAUUUCUUCAUGCUGGCCGUGGUUCUUUUAAAGGCCAUUAAUUUGUUAUGUGAAGCUGAGGAUAAGUCUUAUAUUAAACGCACUGGAAGCGCUCAUGGUUGGGAUGUUUUGUUCUACAUCUUCAGUUUCUUGAAAGGGAUAAUGCUUUUUUCAUUGAUCGUUUUGAUCGGUACCGGGUGGUCGUUUCUGAAACCUUACUUGCAAGACAAGGAAAAGAAGGUUUUGAUGAUUGUGAUUCCACUUCAGGUCAUUGCUCAUGUUGCUCAGAUUGUUCUCGAUGAAACUGGACCGUUUGGUCACGAUUGGAUCGUGUGGAAACAGGUGUUUUUGCUCGUCGAUGUCGUUUGUUGUUGCGCGGUGUUGCUUCCCAUCGUUUGGUCGAUUAAGAAUUUGCGAGAGGCGGCUAAGACCGACGGGAAAGCUGCGGUGAAUCUGAUGAAGUUGACUCUGUUUAGGCAAUAUUACGUCGUGGUUAUCUGUUAUAUUUACUUUACUCGUGUUGUGGUUUAUACAUUUGUGACGAUUACUUCGUAUAAGUAUCUUUGGACGAGUGUAGUCGCCGGAGAAUUGGCCACGCUAGCGUUUUAUGUGUUUACCGGGUAUAAGUUCAAACCAGAGCCACAUAAUCCAUAUUUUUCGAUUGGUGAUGAGGAGGAAGAAGUUGCAGCAGAGCAGUUGAAGCUCGAAGAUGAAAUUGAACUGUGCUAG